AUGCUUCUUAGAAGCUCCUCAGCUCCGAUCUUGAACUCAUGGCUUUCCCACUCAAAAGACUCCUCACCAGAGCCAGAGCCACUACUCACUAGAACCAGGUCAGUUUCCUUGUCAUCAUCAUCUUCUUUUCACUCAACUUCAAUCGACCCAACAAAGAAAACAACAACCCAAGUCUUGUUAGAAGCAGACAUCCCAAGCCAACCUAAGCCCAAAAAGAAGAACCCCAUACCUCUAAGCCUUGGAAAGAAAUCUAAAACCAAGGCCAAGAAUGUUGAAGAACAAGAAGAGCUAAAACCCAGAUCAAUAUCUUCAUCUGCGACCCAAAGGUUGUUCUCAAGCUCUGGUUUGGGUGCGAAGCUCAUGGAUGAUGAAGACUCUGCUGUGGGGAAAGAAGACGAUGGUUUGCAGACACUAGUUUUGGGUAGUGGUGCGGGAAGUAAUGGUGGUAAGAUAUGUGGUGGUAGUGGUAGCGGGAAAGGAUCGGACGGUGGAGAUGGAGGGGGGUCUGGUUUCUUUGAGGGUAACAAUCAUGGGAGUGGGAGCACAGAUGCUUAUUAUCAGAAGAUGAUUCAAGCUGACCCGGGAAAUGGCCUCUUACUUGGGAACUAUGCAAAGUUUCUGAAAGAGGUCCGAGGAGAUUAUGCUAAAGCAGAGGAGUACUGUGGAAGAGCGAUUUUGGCGAACCCGAAUGAUGCCAAUGUCUUAUCACUCUAUGCUGAUAUGAUAUGGAAAACACAGAAGGAUGCUGAACGAGCUGAGAAUUACUAUGAUCAAGCUGUUAAAACCUCCCCAGACGACUGUUUUGUCAUGGCUUCAUAUGCUGAAUUCCUUUGGGAUGCUGAAGAAGAAGAAGAUGAAGAAGAUGAAGAAAAUCAAGGGGUUAAACAUGAAACCGAGCGCAGCCACACAUCUUCGUCCAAUUUCUUCCACGGAGCUCCUCACAAUUCUCCCUUAACUGCAGCCUCUUAG